GUCGCCACAACGGCAACAAGGACGUGUGUGCGGUUGCUAGAUCGAUCAGAAGUUCACAACAUCCCAUCGUGCGGACUUCGUGUCCUGUUUACUGCAGCAGCUGUAGCCUGUUGGCAACCCGCUCCGUCCAGGAUGGGGGUGAAAGAUCGGCCUCAGUGCUACUUCGAUGUGGAGAUCAACAGAGAGCCAGUUGGACGCAUUGUCUUUCAACUGUUCUCAGAUAUUUGUCCCAAGACAAGCAAAAAUUUCCUCUGGCUUUGUACUGGUGAAAAGGGCACUGGUAAAACCACAGGGAAAAAAUUGUGCUACAAAGGUUCUGUAUUCCAUCGAGUAGUUAAGAACUUCAUGAUUCAAGGGGGAGAUUUCACCGAAGGCAACGGAAGAGGUGGAGAGUCAGUAUACGGCGGCUACUUCGAAGAUGAGAACUUUAUUCUCAAACAUGACAGAGCCUUCCUCUUGUCGAUGGCCAACCGAGGCAAGGACACUAACGGCUCCCAGUUUUUCAUAACAACAAAGACAGCACCACAUCUGGAUGGCGUUCACGUGGUCUUUGGGUCGGUCAUCUCUGGGUUCGAAGUGAUAAAGAAAAUCGAGGGGCUGAAGGCCGACGCCGCCAGCAGACCCUACGCCGACGUCCGAGUGAUUGACUGCGGACAGCUGAUUACGAAAUCUGCUAACGAUGUACUUGAAGGUAGGAAGAGGAAAGCUUUCUAUUCUGAAGAUGAUUCUCAGAGUUCUUCAGAUUCACGGUACUCCUCCUUCGAGUCUGGAGAAGAAUCGGCCGAACGGUAUUCACGGCGAAACAAGAUGUCCGCCAAGAGCAAGCGUUCAAAGAGGAGAAGGAAGGAAGUCGAGAGGAAAGAGAGGCGGCGCGAGAAAUCGGUUUGUCAAGGGAGCCAUUCUGAGCGAGACAUGGUAGAGGAAGAGGAUGGACAGAAAGAACAUAAUGUAAAGAGGGAGAAGCCUAUGGUGCGCCCAGAGGAGAUCCCUCCUGUGCCAGAGAACCGCUUCCUGCUCCGGAGAGACAUGCCAGCACAGGAAGAGUCCACAAAUAUCAUCGUCCAGGACACAGUAAAUAUGCCUAAUGACACCAAGCCAGUCGUCACUAAAUCUGGUCGGAAACUCAAAGGCCGUGGCACAAUGAGAUACCAUACCCCUACUCGGUCAAUAUCUCGGUCUGAAUCUGAGGAGGAAAGAGGGAGCAGUGAGACUCCUCCACACUGGAAAGAGGAGAUGCAGAGAACAAAGACUUACCAGCCUUCCAGUGUACAGAAAUGGAGCAAAGGAGAAAGAUGGGAUGACAGAAGUGGCACCCCCUGGUCAAGGUCAAGGUCCCAAGAAUACUCUUCAGACCAGGACUCGGAUAACUCUAGUCAGCAUCACCAUUACAAGAAAGAAAAGAAAAAAGACAAACGUAAGAAGAAAGCAAAGAAACGGAAACAUUCAAAGAAGCAUAAGAAAAACAAAUUCAGAGAGGGCUCUCUUUCAGAGCGAGAGAUGUCUGUGUCAUCAGGCAGAAGGUCAAAAGUCUCCAACUAUCCACCGAGGAGAUCUUAUUCACGCUCUCUCUCCCCUUCUACGUCACGCCACUCUCGCAGGUCAUAUAGAUCAAGGUCAAACAGGCGAAAAUCCUUGUCCCCCUCCGUUAGAAGGUCCAGGUCUUACUCUAGGUCAAGAGACAAGUCUUAUUCCAGAAGUCGCUCUAGAACAGGGAGUAGGUCUAAAUCUAAUUCUAGUAGAUCCUGCUCAAGGUCAAGGUCGGGAAGUCAGUCAGGACGGUCUAUUACGCGAUCUAGGUCUGAUUCUCGCUCCAGAUCUAGAUACAGGACAAGAUCCAGAUCUAGGUCCAGGUACAGGUCACAGUCCCCAAUAAGAAAACGGAAUAUAUCAAAGCUUCCUGAUGGCAGUUCACAGAAGGUUAAGAAUCCUGUACCCACCCCUACACACGCUAUGGAACCCAAAGCUACUCCAUCUGCAUCUGCUGAGAGUGUCCCAGUGCUGCCUUUGAGUGACAGCCCACCACCUUCUCGAUGGAAACCAGGCCAAAAGCCUUGGAAACCAUCUUAUGUUCGCAAUCAAGAGAUAAAGGCAAAAAAAGACUUGCCCUCUCAGGCUCUCAUGAGCCAAACACCAGGUAUGCCACUUGAGACGCUAUCAAAUGUUCAGAGUCAAAUUAAGAAGUCCACAUCUAAUAAGGGUCUCAGUAGUAGCAGCCACUAUAGUGGAAAAAACAAGCAACCCGAAAGUCUUCUCCGAAAAAGUUCAUCCAGAAGUCGUUCCUCCAGCCAUUCGAGAAGCAGAAGUCACUCAAGUUAUCAGUCCAUGUCACCUGGUCAGUACAGCAGGUCUUCUUCAUCUUCCUCUUUUAGCAGGUCGGACUCUUAUUAUUCGUAUAGAAGAACGUCCUCAGAAAAAAGAGAGAAACGCCAUAGUUCUCACAGAAGGGACCAUAAGAGGAUCAAGAAUGUCAUAUAUAGCCCUGUCAAAGAAGAUUCAUCUCCCUCUCAUUCAGAUGGAACUGAUAGCACACACGGUCCUAUUCAGAGACACAGUAUCUCAAAGGCGCCAGAAGAUGCACUCGAUCCUUUGCCAGAUUUGCACAUUAAGGCAGAAAAGAAGCUCAAAUCCAGCAAUGCCUCAGUACUGGCUGCCACCAACUCGAAAUCUGGAUCUGGAUGGGAAAGUGACAACGGACAUUUGAGCAAACUGGCUUCUGGUGAUGAGAGUAAACCACCUCAGGUUUCUGUUAAAGAGGAGAGUGGACUUAGUGAAAAGAAAAAGAUGAAGAUUUGGGCUCAUUGCUGGGACUCUGAAAGCGAGUCUGAAAUGGCAGGAGCAAACAAUGGGGAUGGUGAAAAUAAACCUGCAUCGGAAAAGGAAGAGGGGGAAGCCAGUUCAGAAUCUGAAGUUGUAGAACCCACCGGAUUUGUCAACAAACCAGACCAGCUCUCCAAGGUUUCAGAAGGAUUCAAAAACAGCGAGGAACAUUCGAAUGAUUAUUCAAAAACCGAAAAGCACAAAAGCAAGAAGGCUAAGCGUAAACACAAGCACAAGAGGAGAAAUUCUGACAGGUCUAGCUCACAAAGGGUGAAGACAAAAACAAAAAGGUCUAAGAAAAAGCGUCAGAAACCAAAGGAGACAUUUCACUGGCAGCCUCCUCUUGAGUUUGGUGAAGAAGGUGAGGAGGAUGAUUCGCUUCCUCAGGCAAAAAAUAUUGACCCUGCUAACAGUGAAGGACUUACAGAACUGGUAAAGAGGACACAGCUGAAAUCUCAACAUGUUGUAAGCAAGGAGAAUUCCAAGAUGAGUCACGAUUCAUCAAAAGAAAGCUGUUCAACUGCAGAGAUCUCUAAAAGUGGUGAUGAGUCUUCUAACUUGACAAAAAGACAGCAGUUAAAGCUAAAUACUGAUGCAGCAAAAAGUCCAGCGCAAAGCAAACGUCCACAGAUUGCUUCAAGUCAGUCGAACGUUAAUGCAGCACACGCCCAAGACGAAACAAACGAUCAAGACGAUAUGGAAAUAUGCACCCCAGAGCACAAAGCAGACGCCAACACAGAAAAACCUGAACCUUUUGCAGUUGACCUGCCAAACAUAAAAGAUACGGUUAAGAAUGGUACUCAACUUCUGCUACCUCAGACAGAUCAAAAGAAAUCUGGUUCAAAUCCUGUUUUAACUCCUCCCAACCGAGCUGGAGAACCCACACCUGGCAGUGUUGGGCUACUAGUCGAUCCCAAAUGGAAACCCUUAAAAGGUAUGACUGUGGUACCAGCAGUCAGUGCAGCACCUCUAGACAUGAAAAUGAACAGGUCGCAAGAGCAAGGGGAGGGCAAGACUCAGGGCCUCAAGAUUGAGAUCAAAAGCAAAAACAGGGUCCGACCAGGGUCCCUGUUCGACGAGGUGCGGAAGACAGCCCGGCUAAACCAGCGUCCCAGAAAUCAGGACAGUUCCAGUGAAGAGGGUUCACCUGCUUCCACAGGAGAGCAAACUGGAUCCCAGAAGCACUCGCGAAGCAAGUCUCGCUCGGUGUCCAGUUCCAGACCUCGACGUAGAGACAGCUCUCGCUCAUACACCCCCUCCAGGAGCAGGUCCAGGAGCUCCAGCUAUUCUUCCAGAAGCUACAGUAGAAGUCAAAGCAGACGGGGAUACAGUAGAGAACAUUCCAGAUCUCGAAGUAGUAGCUACCAAAGAUAUCGCAGUCACACUUACAGUCGAAGUCGUUCCAGAAGUCGGUCCAGAGGACGCUGUAGGUCAAGAUCCUACACUUAUGACAGCUACUCAAGCCGUAGCCGCAGCAGAAGAAGUCGAUACAGACGAAGUGAAAGUUCUGAUCGCAGAUCCAGAUCAUACCGUUCCUAUAGUCGCAGUUCUUCAAGGCAUGGAAGUCAUAGCAGUCGAUACAGCUGAGAUGACUAUUAGGAGGUUUCCUGUUACUUUUUUUUUGGUUUGUUUGUUUGCUUAUUGGUUAUUGAAACUAGACCAGAGCCUCACGUAUCUUUCUUUUGUUUUCCAUAAAGAAUGUUUCUCUGAUGUCAGGUAAUAUGAGCCACUUUGACCUGUACAUAUAUUUCUGUGGUACUGAUCAUUUAUAUACCAUUUGACUGCUGUGUGUUGUUUUUAUUAUUAUUUUUUGUUUUGUUUUUGUUUUUUUUAAUAAAAUUUUUAUUUUUCAAUAAUUGGACUUAUAUGAAUGUAAGAGAACUGUUUUAUGCCGUCUUGUUUUUGUUUUUGUAUGUAAUUUGUAUUAAAUGCUAACAAGAGCAUCCUGCCAGUACAGAAUUAAUGUAACGCAUUCACACAUUCUCAACCACAGACACAGUAAAAAUGUUUUAGCACAAUUGUAAA